AUGCGCCAAGUGAUUAUAGCCUUAGAGCACCUAUUGAUAAGUGAGCACAAUACUUAUGCAGAUAUCGAAGCUGCAUACAAGUGUCUUGAAGAGAGCUAUGGGACUAAGCAAGAAGACAUCAUCCUAUAUGGCUUAAGAGUCGUGUAUCCUGCGAGACGUCCAUACUGGUUUGACAUUUAUAAGGGCACUGCUGAUGAUGGUGUCGAUUGCUCUCAUGGGAAACAACUUUACGAACUAUCCCAAGAGAAAUUUGAACAGUUAUGGCUAAAUGGUGGAAACCAUUGUGAUUUGGAACUACAUCCCGAAUAUAUUAGGCACCUAAAGAAGUUCGUUUCUACAGUUGAAAAAUUACCCUCCCAGAGGAACACUUUCCAGAGAAUUAUAGACUGGCCCGAACAUUCCAGGAGGAGUACCCACUGUUUUGAGGCUCCGAGAAAGAGCACGGACUGGAGGGAGAAACCUAGAUGA